AUGCUUACGCCAACUAUUGCCGUAAAAACUAGCUUUCUCUAUGCUGCCGGCAAUACACCAGCUACCAGCCUGACCAGAUCAGUACCACAAGGCCAAGACGUAGCUGUUCUGUCGCUUGGCUGUGGUGAUCUGCGCAACAUUCUCUAUACAACAUACCUGGAGAAAGGCUUGCCUCAGAGAAAAAUCGACUUCACUUGUUGCGAUGUCGUCGAAAAGAUUAUUGCUCGCAAUGCUUUCUUUUUGAUAUUCCUGCUUGAUGAGGAUUGCAAGCUGAGUGAUGAGCAGCUUUGGAAUGUCUACUACCAUUUGUUCGUGGACGAAGAGACUGCGAAAAUUGUAUCAGCUACUGCUACUAAACUGCUAAGCGUUUCCAAAUCCCUUGAUGAAUGGAACGGCAGCAUAUGGGGGAAAUCUAUCCGAUUCUGCGAUGCCGAUACUCUAUCAGAUAUCCGUCGUGUUUGGUUGUCCAUCAAAGCUGCGGCAGCCAAGUGCGAAUCCAGUAGCUAUACGGAGACAUUUCAGCAGAACAUACAACCAUCUAAGGACAUCCACGACCAAAAGCUUGGUGAAGGGCGCCUCAACUUGACAGCUAUGCGUUCCGCAGCGCCACUCUCCAUACAAGCGGGAGCAAAACUCGGGGAAAUAUCCGCUCAAUACUGGAAAAAUGGUACAGUCACACCUCGCCAAGCCAAAGAUAAGUUGCCAAACCCGCUCCUUGCAAGUCUUCUCUCCGAGAACGACAUUCUGCACUAUGCUAGUGAUCCAGUCCUGGGCUUUCAUCUGGCCACGGCCUAUGCUGCUCUUCUCGAAGGCUCUCCCCUCGAGCCCAAGAUCAGAGGAAAAGAAUUUGUAGCCUCAGCUGCUGCUAUGACCCAGUUCAACGAAUGGAUCUCUGCUUUCAAGUCGUUGAAGAGCAAUAUUGUCAUUCGCUUUGCCGUUGCGGAUGCCUUGGCGCUCUGUCACAGUUUACAGGCGGCGCAUACAACAGCAAAACCAGCCAAUCUAUACCGGCGAACCUGGGACCCACGACCAUUGGUCUUGGAUCCAAAGGACUAUGGGAAGGGUGGUUCAGGGCCAUCGGCGUUCGAUAUGAUCGACACCUCAAACCUCUGCGACCACAUCGGAGCGCUCAACAUUCUCUUCGCAGCAGGGCCUCUUCUCAAAGAUGAGCCUUGGGCGUCGCUUUUCACAGAAUUGCUAAUCAGGCCUGAGGGUGAUCAGAAGAAUGCUCUAGACAAGAUUCUCUCUGGACAUGCGCCGACCAUCUCACUUCUGCUUGGUUUCAGUCCUGUUCAGUACUGGACUAAUGCCAAAGUUGAGUCCCAUGUUGACGAGAUUUUCCUUGGACUCAUGAAUGAAGCAAAAGGAGAAACGCAAACCCGAAACCGACUGGCUUGGAAGCGAGACAACCGGUUUUCGGGUCAGGCCCGCCACGGGAAGCUGCAUAUCGACUCAAAGCAGCUUAUCAAAUUGCUUUCACCACUCUAUGACUAUAUGUUUGAGGCUGAGAACAUAUCACAGUCAAGUGUGGGACAGAGGUCAAACACAUAUGGUCACUUUAUCCGUACAAGCUUCGCUACCGUGCUCAAGGUUGUCAUGGCCCGGGUUGCAACAGACUGGCCAUCCAUGUGCUCGGCUCUCAUCGACUCUAUUGCCCAAGAUCAUCGCUUUUUGCUGGCUAGCAAUGGCAUGCAAGACCUGUGCCUUCAGCUUCACCUUCUUGGUGUAAACACCGAACCAUGGAUUAUCCAGGAGAGCAGAAGCCUUCCCCAAAAUGGAGGUUUCAAUCGCUGGAAAUCCCUGCCACCAGCAGUCGCUGUUACGGUAGUUGUACCUAGACCGGCCAUUGCUCGAUUGUAUAAACAUCAAAAUAACCCUCUUGGGCUUGCAUCACCGCCACUUGUCGGAUCGGUAAGAUCCAGUCAUAACGCUACCGAAGGAUGGCAAAAUACAUUUGGAGAUAUCCAAAUUUCCUUUGGUAAUGUUAAAACCAACAAGAUGUCUGAUGAGGACGAGUUUCAAGUGGUAAUCGAAAGAGAUCAGAAUGGGUGGGCCGGAGACUCUCCUCUCGUUGCAUCUUUCUAUGUGCCCACUUCAACGCUGCAGAACGAGCCCAACUCGGCAUUGGUAGGACUCUGUGUUCCACCUACGGGGCAGAACUCCUUGAUCUAUGGUCCCAUUCUGGGAAUGACCAUGACUGUCUUUGAAACGCGCACUGACGACAAAGCGACCGUAUUCGUGACAAAGCAUUUACCUGGGCACGACGGUUAUCCUGCCGUGUGUAGUGCUGUGAAGUCUCUCGAGAAUACGGUCAACCAGGGUCAGGAUGACAAGGCCGCCAAGAUUCUGCUCGAGAUAUCACCUUCUGAGUCUGUCAUCUCUACCGUUACUGGACACUUGGACAUUACUUCGAAGAAAGGCAAGGGGUUCCUUAAGAACAAGGCCCCGAUCGACUUUCGUCAGAAGAGCCCCUUCGUCAUUGAUAUUGUUUUCGGCAAGCAUGAUCUUAUUUGCCCUAUCAACUUUCCGGUGCCUGUCACCAAGGAUGGAAUGAAAUCUCGAGUUGCUCGAACGACAGGCUACAUCGAAUUGAUAGUGCCACUGGCACAGCCUGGCUCUUCUCCUAUACUGCUGGACUUUGCAUACCCUUCAGCAAUCUCCUCGUCUGGCGUUCCGGCUUGUCUCAACAUGCCACACCUGAAUCUCGACAACCUCCCUGUCAUUGAUUUGGAAAACAAGGACCGAAACCGAUGGGUGACAACAUUGACAUCAAUGCAGUUUUCAGCCCGAGAAAAAUACCUGCGUACUGUACGCGACGAAAGCGGAAUCUCACAUGACCCGAUGGUCAACUUCAAGGAAUCUGUGUUUACCAUGUUUAUGAUCGCCACUGGCUUACAGGCUGGCCAGACCGGUUUGUUUGCAAUCAACCACCCGAAGCGAGGUGGUAUACACAUGCUUGUUUUCGUCUCCGCCAUCCGGAUUGAUGGCGAUGCUGCAUCUGUCGUUAUUGAUGCUGCUAUUAUCCCAUUCACGAUGGAUCUUAUCACAUCGGGCCGGAUGGAAUCCUUCCUUCUUAUUCUCCGGGAACUUGAAUGUGGCAGUAUCGAUGUAGACGAUGCAGAACUAUGCCUUUGGAAGAAGGCUCUCCCAUCUAUGGUUGAGAGGUGCCGUACCUGGUCUCAUGGCAGGAGUUGCGAGUAUAAGAGAAAGGGGGCGACUAUUCCACUGAGUCUCAAAGAUGGUGAACAGGUUCUGUGCUCGUGUGGUAAUGGGCUCCUACCAGAGAACUUCGUAUCUCUCCCUGAGUGGGAAAACGCAGCGCCGAAUGCAGUCCGUAUUGCGAUCAGCCCGACUUAUGCAAUUCCGUUCAACGAAGAAGUCGUUGACCCUGCCGACGUUCCCAAGAUGCGCAACCCAGUGACUCGGAUAGAAAGAUGUCGAAGCUGCGGGAAACCAGAGGACCAGGCGGGCAUUACUUUAAAGAAGUGUUCACGUUGUCAAAAGGUAAAAUAUUGCUCCGGGGAGUGUCAGAAGCGAGAUUGGAAAAAGCAUAGAGCGGAGUGUGACUAG